AUGGCUCCUCGGGAGGAGCUGAUUGCCUCUGCUGUUACCUUCCUCCAAGAUGCUUCAGUGGCAUCGUCACCCAUCGAGAAGAGAGUCGCAUUUCUCCAAUCAAAGAACCUGACGCAAGAGGAAAUUGACCUUGCCUUGUCGCGUGCGGGCGAAGACCCAUCUGCUACCGUGGCCACCGGCGCAGCGUCAUCACCUUCGUCGCAAGGAUACUCAUCACAACAAGUUGCUUACCGACCAUCAGCGUCACCUCAAGGAUAUGGAUAUCCCCCAUAUGGCCAGUGGCAACCUCCCCCGGAACCGCCAAAGAGAGACUGGCGCGACUGGUUUAUUAUGGCAACGGUAGUGGGCGGGGUUGGAUAUGGACUGUAUUUUGUGACCAAGCGAUAUAUUACGCCAUUGAUUGCCCCGCCGACCCCUCCUCAGCUAGAGCAAGACAAGGAAAACAUCGACGAGCAAUUCUCCCGAGCUUUUGAUCUUAUCGAACAGCUUUCGACUGAUACCGCAUCGCUGAAGGCUGCCGAAGAAGCCCGCACCGAGCGCUUGGAUGUGGCCCUCAGAGAUGUUGAGACUCUUGUUGGAGAUCUGAAGACUGCAUCGCGCCGGAGAGAUGAUGAGACUCGACGGAUUAGCGACGAAGUCAAGUCAUUGAAGGAUGCUAUCCCGAAGGCCCUGGAAGGUGCGCGGGAAGGCAACGAAAACCGGUUAAAGGAGCUGGGAAGCGAGCUGAAGAGCUUGAAGGUUCUUCUGGGCAACCGACUGAGUAGCGGCGCGAGCCCUGCGACAGGCAGGACUGUGGGUGCCUCGGCUUUGCCUACCGCAUCUCGGCCGGCGCCCGAGGAACCCUCGGCUCCUUCCCCCAAUCCGAAUGGCUUGGCUGCGACCGUGACCUCGGCUGAGCAAGAGCCUACAGCAGCUGCCCCGGCGAUCAGCCAGAGCACUAACAGCCCGCUCUCGCAACUCGGUCGGUCUGCUUCCAUCCCGGCGUGGCAGAUGGCCGCUGCCAACCGGUCCAAGAACUCUUCGCAGUCGAACCCGGCUCCGGCUUCCACUGAAAAUGCUGCCGCCACACACAGUGAGCAGACUGCUACAACUGGCUCAAGCUGA